AGAUUACCACCCAGCUCCAGUUCUGUUCUUUGUGACGAAUCCGACAAGACGCCAUGAUCUGUUUUGCUGUUUUUGUGGUAUUUUUGGGUGCAGCAAAUGCCAUUGUAUGUAUUCCUGAGUUGUGUGAAGGGGUGAAGCAAGUUCCCCUCAACUGUGCCGGUUCUGUCAUCAAGGGAGGGGGAUUCUGUAGCUGCACUGAUGUCUGUGCUAAGGUGGAGGGGGAGACGUGUCAGGCCACGUUGAUGUUUGGGAGCCCUUCUAUUGGCCAGUGUGAUGCUGGCCUCCAGUGUAAAGCCGGGGACAACGGGAUCAUGAAUUUCUUUGGCAGAGGAACAUGUGUGAACACCACCAAAACCAAACGAUCCACGAAGACCAAAUGUCAGCAGAUGAGGAUGUCGGCGAUGAUAACCAUGAUUGUUUACGCCAGCAAGUGGACGCCAGACUGUGACGCCGAUGGUAACUUCACACCCCAGCAGUGCGACUUCUCGGGUCACUGUUUCUGUGUGGACGCCAUGGGAGUUAUGCAAGGAAGCAAGGUCCUCGGUAAGGUCGACUGUCCCUCCAACUAACCCCACAGUGUACAAUGUAGGAAUAAACAUUUCUUAUUUCU